CGAUUUAGUUGUUUGUUUAUUUAACAUUGAAAAAUGUUUCCACAUCUUGCAUUUGUCUCAGUUUUAUUUCAAAUAAAUUAUCUAGUGUUUAUUCUUGGCGAUCCUUUGGUGCAGUUACCCAUCGGGCAAAUCCUAGGGCGAGAAGCUACUACUUUUGAAGACAUACAUUUUUUUGCUUUCGAAGGAGUACCAUAUGCAGCCCCUCCCUUGGGACCCCUUCGAUUUAAGCCCCCACAACCCCAUGACAACUGGGAUGGAAUACUUAGCACCACGUCUUUGAACACAACAUGCUUUCAGUCAUCAAUGGAUACAGACCAAGAAUCAGAAGACUGUUUGUAUAUUAAUAUAUACACUCCCGAACUCCCAAGUGACAAUAACGAUCCUUCGUUAAAUGUACUAAUCUUCAUUCACGGUGGAGGAUUUAACGUCGGCUUUAGUCAGGACUAUCUACCAGAUUUAUUCCUCAGACAAAACAUUAUAUUUGUCACAUUCAACUAUCGACUAGGAAUAUUUGGAUUUGCAUCUACACAAGACGAAGUCAUUCCCGGAAAUAACGGCCUCAAAGACCAACAAUUUGCACUGAAAUGGACCCAUGACAAUAUUCGUGUUUUCGGAGGCGACCCCAACAAAAUAACCAUCAUGGGACAAAGUUCAGGUGCUGUGUCGGUGGCCCAUCAAAUCGCUUACCAAAACAAUAAAGGUUUGUUUCAGGGUGCGAUCCUAGAAAGCGGAACUUUUCUAGUACCAUAUUCUAUUACCAGAAAUGCUAGAAAAACCAUAUUCGAUGCAGCGGCAAGCCUGAAUUCUGAUUUUGAAACUAACAACGAUUCUCAAGCUUUGCUUGAAUACUUGAGAACUGUCGAUGCGAAGGAUUUAGAUCGCGCAGGAUUCGACGCUUUUAUAAUUGGAACCUCUGCCGAGAAUUACGCCCUCUUGCAAGGUCUCAUCUGGGGUCCUGUAAUCGAGGUUAAGAACGAAGACGCCUUUCUUACUAGAAAAAUGUACGGGAUGCUAAAUGCCGGCAACUUCCUUUCGGUGCCUAUUUUAGUGGGUUUUAACUCGGAAGAAAGUUUAUCAAUGGGUGAAGAUGCGGAUUCUUUGAAAACACUAAUGCAGCAGUAUGAUGACCAUGUGGAGUGGUUGGUGCCUAAAGACAUGCACAUUUUGGACAACCCGGGUCUUAAAACGAUGGGUGAAACUAUCAGAAACAUGUACACAGGGGGAAAUCUCUACGUUGACAAUCUAGCAGCGUCUAUUACAUGUUUCAGCGAUAACAUUUUAAACCGUGCGGUUCUUAAGUACGCAGAACUCUUUUCAAGUUUCUCGGAUGCUUAUUUUUACCAGUUUUCGUAUGACGGGCAGCUGGGUCCUCGUUUCCCACACUACGAUGGUGCUGCCACUGUCAACCAUGCAUUCGAGAUGUUUUAUCUUCUGUGCUAUCAAAUGAAUUGCGAUAUUUCCGAUUACCCGGAUUCAGAUAGACUAAAUCGGGAACGUUUGCUGGCUUUGUGGAGCAAUUUCAUCAAAUAUCAGAACCCCACACCUGAGCCUAUCGAGUUGUUGCAAAAUGUUACUUGGCCGUUACUUGAUACGUCAGAUGGGAAUUUUUAUUAUCUGGAUAUUAACGAAAAUUUGGAGAUUAAAAACCACCCGAAAGAGGGAAGGUACAAGGCCUGGGAGGAAGUAUAUCAGAACUUGCCUUAUGAUGAUUUCGACACUUACUAAAAUGCUUGCAUAUGUGUUGAUAGAUUCUAUUUAAAAUAUACAUGUUUCGCAUUACUUGUAGAUCGAUGUUUAGAAAAUAAAGGACUAGUUCAUAA